AUGACCUUAACCAGUCCAUAUUUGGAAAACUACCCCGAUGAAAAGGGGUUCUAUGGAAAGUUCGGUGGUUCGUUUGUUCCUCCUCCUAUCCAGGAGCAGAUGGACAAAAUUAGUGCUCGCUAUAAUGAGAUCAAGAACUCUCCCGAGUAUCUCAAAGAAUUGGACAAAAUUCGCAAGGAGUACCAAGGUCGUCCUACUCCAAUCUCGUAUGCUAAGAGAUUAUCAGAACACGUUGGUGGUGCAAAGAUUUACCUCAAACGAGAAGACUUGAAUCACAUGGGUGCUCAUAAGAUGAACCAUUGUAUGGCUGAGUGCCUUCUUGCAAAGUCCAUGGGAUUCAAGAAAGUCAUUGCCGAAACUGGUGCUGGUCAACAUGGUGUCGCUCUGGCUUCAGCAGCGGCCUACCUCGGCCUUGAAUGUGAUAUCUACAUGGGAGAAGUAGAUAUGCUCAAGGAAGAACCUAAUGUAACUAGAAUGAGAAUUCUAGGUACCAAAGUGAUCCCGGCCACCACUGGACUCAAGACCUUGAAAGAGGCCGUCGAUAUGGCCUUCAUGGCCUAUAUGGAAGAUCCCGAGAACAUCAUGUAUUGUAUUGGAUCUGUGGUUGGGCCACAUCCUUUUCCCAUGAUGGUGAGAGACUUUCAGAGUGUGGUUGGGAAAGAGGCCAAAGGGCAGUUCCUGGAUAUGGAGGGUACACUUCCGGAUCAUGUGGUCGCCUGUUGCGGUGGUGGCUCCAAUGCUGCAGGAAUAUUUUCCGCAUUUAUCGAGGACAAAGACGUGAAAUUGUAUGCUGUUGAGCCUCGUGGCAAGGGAACAGGUGUUAUGGGUGAACAUGCUGCUUCAAUCCAGUAUGGUCAUGAAGGUGUUCUCCAUGGCUUCAACUCCAUUACACUAACUGAUUCCAACGGCGAACCUGCUCCAGUACACUCCAUUGCUUCUGGUUUGGAUUAUCCAUCCGUUGGUCCUGAACAUGCAUUUUGGCACGAUAUUGGAAGGACUGAGUCGGACGUAGGUGCGACCGAUCUGGAAGCCGUUGAGGCGUUUUUCAUGCUUUCCAAGCUAGAAGGCAUAAUUCCAGCCUUGGAGUCAUCUCAUGCUGUAGCUUAUGCCAUCAAAAUUGCACCAAAGCUGAAGGGUCAGACUAUCCUGGUCAAUCUCUCCGGAAGGGGUGAUAAGGAUUUGGACUAUGUGGUUGAGAAUUACCCAGAGUUUGUGGAUAAAAAGUUCUGA